CUCAAACUCCCAAGAUGGCGGCGGCGUCUGAGGAGCGGAUGGCCGAGGAAGGAGGCGGUAGCCACGGCGACGGCGGCUCCUGUUCGGCCUCCGGCUCCGCUCAGCGACAGCCCCCGCCGACCCCGUCGCAGGCCCCGCAGCCGGGAUCCCAGGCACCUGCGGCGCCCGCGCUGGCUCCGGACCACCUGCCUCAAAACAACACACUGGUGGCGCUGCCCAUCGUAGCCAUCGAGAACAUACUCAGCUUUAUGUCCUACGACGAAAUUAGUCAGCUCCGCCUGGUUUGUAAAAGAAUGGACUUGGUCUGUCAGAGAAUGUUGAAUCAGGGAUUUCUGAAAGUGGAGAGGUACCACAAUCUAUGUCAGAAGCAAGUUAAAGCACAACUGCCAAGGAGAGAGUCAGAAAGGAGAAACCAUUCCUUAGCUCGUCAUGCAGAUAUCCUUGCUGCCGUGGAAACAAGGCUGUCACUGUUAAAUAUGACUUUCAUGAAGUAUGUGGACUCCAACCUCUGUUGCUUCAUACCAGGAAAGGUGAUUGAUGAGAUUUAUCGUGUACUGAGAUACGUCAAUUCUACCAGAGCCCCUCAGCGAGCCCAUGAAGUGCUACAGGAGCUACGGGAUAUCUCCUCCAUGGCCAUGGAGUACUUUGAUGAGAAGAUUGUUCCAAUUCUGAAGAGGAAAUUACCAGGAUCAGAUGUGUCUGGAAGACUCAUGGGCUCUCCUCCAGUUCCCGGACCAUCUGCAGCCCUGACAACAAUGCAGCUCUUCUCCAAGCAGAACCCUUCGAGACAGGAGGUCACCAAGCUCCAGCAGCAGGUUAAAACCAAUGGUGCUGGCGUGACUGUCCUCAGGCGUGACAUUUCUGAGCUCCGCACCAAAGUGCAAGAACAGCAGAAACAGCUUCAAGACCAAGACCAGAAACUGCUAGAGCAGACCCAGAUCAUAGGUGAACAGAACGCACGGUUGGCGGAGCUGGAGCGGAAGCUUCGAGAGGUCAUGGAAAGUGCAGUGGGAACAUCCUCAGGUUCUGGGCAGGGGGAGGACUCUCCUCGGAAACGAAGGAAGGCGGCAGAAGCCAUAGACUCUCUUAGGAAAUCCAAACGACUUCGGAACAGGAAGUAAAUUGGAAUGUGGCUGUAGCUCUGAGAAAGAUGUCUGUGGCCGGAAGUUUAAGCAGCUCUUCCUGUCAGGAUACUGGAGCAACAUGGUAUCCCUUAGGCUUCCAGGCGAUCAGAACACAACUUACACUUGGCUCUUGUGGUUGGCAUCCCUUCUUGCGCUUCUCUGGUGGAGCUGAUGCAGAGAUCCUCUUACUUUGCAAUAGAUCUGUACUAACCAGACCCAUGCUGUCAUGUUUGGGCGCUAACGUUUUCCUGUGCGGAUGAUGUGUUAAGUUUGUCUGUUUCAGCAUAUAUGCACAUUACAUAUGGAUUUUAACAAACCAUUCUUGACAGACUCAAAGUUAAGUUUAAUACAUAAAAUGUCCUAUUCACUUGAAAGAAAAAAAUCUACUUUUUAAAUGGACACUAUCUUGUUUUUUUUU